CAGUGCAAUAGUGCGCGCCAGGCUGCAGCGGCGGCGUCGCAGAAAGCUGUAGCUCAGCUGGCGAGAUCUUCCCUCCCGGGAAGCUCCCUAAUCUGUCGCCUCCGCCGCCGCCUACGGGGCGGCAGCGGCGGUGGCCUUGCCGGUGCCUCCCUCCUCUGCCACCUCCAUCCCUGCCUGCUCACUUGCUGGUGCUGUGGAGAAGGCGGCGGCAGCUUUGGCAGCUCCACUAUGGCGGCGGCGGGGAGGGGGGACAGUAGUUUUAAAGUAGACACCUGCCCUUGCCUCAGAGAAGAUCCCACCUGUGACAGACAAGAACGAUCUGCGUAUUUUACAGAUAAUUUUUGUAAACCAUGUGGAGUUGUUCUACAGCAUGAAUCAGAAAAGAUUUCACAUUUUGAGAGUGAAAUACAUGCUCAAAAUGUUAAGUUCUUUUUUCAAAUGUGUGGAGAUCAAAAUGAAGUGCCUGGUAGGAGAAUGAACACACAUGUUGGAAAUUCUCAGGUGUACUCAAGUGGGGAAGUGAACAGAAACAAAUUAACUGGUCUCUGCAACAUGAGUUUUGAUGCUGCAGCUUCUGCUCCAUCUCAUUAUGUGGGAAAGAGCCAUUCUCAAACUCAGAGUCAAUUACUGGAAGAAACUGUUCAAGUAUCUCCAUCCACAUGCCCACCAAAGAUGGAUAAACCCAAUACUACUCCUGCACCUCCAACCUUCCUGAAGUCUGUUAUUGUGAAGCCUCCUCCAGCAUAUAGAAUGAGAACCUACGUAUGCCAUAUCUGCAGUAUCACCUUUACAUCUUUAUAUAUGUUCCGGUCCCACAUGCAAGGAACUGAACAUCAAAUUAAAACCCAAGACUACCAGCCCAGAGAUGGUACCACCCACAAGGGGCCCUCCCCCCUUGAUCAUCAACUGAGAAAAUGCCCCACAGCUGGAUCUCAUGGAGGCACUUCCCCAACUGAAGCUCCUUUCUCUGUGAUAACUCCAGCCUGUGUCAAGUUGACACACCAAACCAGCCAGAACAGAAACCAAUUGAGCGGCAUCUUUCCCAUCCCUAGUUUAAUGCUGAGCAUUCGAGAAUCUCAAGUUAUCAAUCAAGUGAGGAAUUCAAAGAAAAUGCAAGAGUCUUACCAAGCUGAAUGUGGAGAUUACAUUCAAAUGAAUAAAUCUAGAGAACUAGAGCCCCAGGCUCAUUUCAGGAAAAUGGAGGAUGAUUACAUGGAAGCCUGUGGAUACAGAGAAAUGGUUGAUUCUAGACCCAAACAUAAAAUGCUUGAACAAAAAUUACCAGUUGAAAAUUUCUGGGCACACCCAGGACCAUACAAUGAUUCUAGAGCUGUAGAAGAGCAGUUGCCCCAUUGUUUGCCAGCAGAGUCAAAGACAUAUGACUCUUUCCAAGAUGAACUUGAAGAUUACAUCAAAGGGCAGAAGGCCAGAGGACUUGAUCCUAAUAUUAGUUUUAGACAGAUGUCAGAAAGCAAUAGGUACAGGGAUCACAGGUACAGAGAAAGGGUUGAUUCUGGACACAGACAGAGGCCAUGUGAGGAAAGGUUUUCAUUUGAGGCUCCACAGACCUACCAGCAAGAAUACAGUGGCUCCCCAGUGGAGGGCCAAUCUCCUCACUGGUUACCACCUCAUUCAGAGAGGAGAAAUGAUGAUUUCCAAAAUGAAUUUGAUGAUUACAACCAGGUACAGGAAUAUAGAGAAUUCAAGCCAAAGACUUCUUUUGGAAGAAUUGAUAGCUCUUUUGAAACCCAUAAUUACAGAGAAAUGGUGGACCCAAGAUCCAGACAUGGAAUGUUUGAGGAAAGACAGCCAUGUGAGACUUUCCAGACUUACACAGAUCCAUACAGCAGUGCACAAGCAGUAGAAAACAAGUUACCUCAUUGCUUACCAGCUUAUGAGAACCAACCAAGCCUAGACACUGAUAGCUACUAUCAGGCUACCACAGACGAGUUCUCAGAAAUGCCUGUUUCCCUGAGCCUUAGUGAACAAGAAAAUAACCCUAGCUCAUACAGUGUAGACUAUGACAUUUACAAGCAUCUGUCCUCAAAUGAUGAGGCCAGUUCCCAUGAAACAAGUCAUAAAAGGCGACAUCAGAAGAGAAGACGACACCUGGAGGAAGGAAAAGAAAGGCCAGGGAAAGAACAGUCCAAGCAUAAAAGAAAAAGAACCUAUCAGGAUAAAGAUUUAGACAAAGACAAGAGUAUUAAGCAAAGGAAAGGAGAGGAAGGUAAAGCCCGAGGCAGCUCAAAAAAAAUCAAGCAUCGAAGAAAGAAAAGGAAACACGAAACAUCCUCAGAGAAAGAAGAACGUAAGCACAAAAAAGAGAAAAAGAAAUCUGUUGAAGAAAGAACAGAAGAAGAAAUCCUUUGGGAUGAGUCAAUUCUUGGGUUCUGAAACUAUAGUAUACAAAGAAGGGCUAAAAGAAAACAAUACUGAUUUAGAUAAAGACAGGAGUAAGAGGAGAAAUCAAAAAAUUGAAGGUACAGAAUCAGCACAGAAAACCUUUGGGUUUUUUUUGUUGUUGUUGUUGUUUGCAAAAAAUGAAAUUGAACAUGAAAAACAAUAUACAAGACAUCUAAAUCCAGCAUUCAAAGAACUGUUUUUAGGUAAACCUACUCAAAGAAUUUGAACUUUUAGUUUUACUUACAGAAGAGUGAAUAAGAAAACCAGUGGGGGAAAAUCUGAUGGAAUAAGUGGAAAAGUUUUAGAUAAAAUUUGAGUAUUUCAGAUGAAGAGAAGGGUUAAAGUCGGUGCACAUUCAAGAAAACAGUCUCUCUCUGCAUAAGUGUGUAUGUAUAUAUGUGUGCUUGUAUAUACGUGUGUGACCAUAUAUAUGUGUCCUCUGCUCUGCUCUCCUCUCACCUACUUCCCCCCAAGCCUCUUUUUCUGACACUCCUUCCUUUCAAAAUGUAAUUGAAAGAAGAACCACAAAGUCUAAACCUAGCCUUCAAAAGGCAAGGACGCAAUACUAGGAAGCAUGAGCAGAGAAGAAACCUGCUAUAGAGAAAGCAGAAGAAUCAGUGUUUUCUACUUUACAGUUUUUGUUACCUUGACGUUGAAGAGAGGUUGAAAACUUUGGUUUCCUGAUAUUUGUGUUCUUUGUGUAUUUGUACAUGUAUACAGUUAAUCUGUAACAAAAGCCAGAUGAAGUAAAAUUAUUCAUUAUGCUUUUUAAAGUCACUUUCUUUGACUUUGUAAGAAAGAAAACUUACUCUAUUGCUUAUGUAUAAUAUGGUUUUCUUAAAGUAGAGGUGUUUCUACUUCGUCCAAGUUGUAAUGAAAAUGAGUUGUUCAUGGAAAUAAUGUACUUAAAAUGGUAAAUUACAAAGCGGUCUACAGCCAUACCACCCUGAAUUUUCCCAAUCCUGUUUGAUUUUGGAAGAAUGGUCAUGCUUGUGGGAGACCAGACUUCACAGAAUCCAUUCCUUUUAAGAAUUUGUGUUAGUAUUGGUGGUAUUUUACUACUGUUGUGUGUUAACAUUUCUGUUUUCUCCAAUGAAAAUGUAUGAAACAACAUAUACUUUUUUUGUUAAAUCUAAUUUGCAGUGUAUUUUUGUAUUUUCUAGUCCUGAAAGUGGAAGAUUAGUGUAUAAUAAAUUAGAUGAUAUAUACUUUUAAAAUGAUCUCCAAAAGGGCUGAUAUA